AUGUAUCAAGCAAUGGAGCCAUAUUCAUAUUUGCAGUACCAACAGUUGUAUGGAAAAGAUGAUGAGAUUGCCAGUCCUUUGGAAAGAUAUGUGUCAUUUGAUUCUAAUACGUCUCUGAUAGCCACGUACACAACAACAUUACGCCUACAAGAAAAGAAUGUGAAAGAGCUAAGACAUCAUUUAUUUGAAUUUCAAGAUAGUUUAGUGAGUGCUAAAGUUAUAAAUUGGUGUAAUAAAAUUAAACCGUUGUAUUCACUGAAGACAACAGGUGAGUACUGGCUCCUUAAACGGAAUUCUGAGUGGAACAAAAUUAUUGAGGAAAUUCAAGCCGUUGCUGAUCAGUCGUGUGUUUUUUUACAAUCAUGUCAUAUUUUCGGACUAGCAAUUAUGCUCAGACGUCCGGUUAUUAUUCUUGGACUGGAAUAUAUAAACACAGUUAACGAACAACAAGCGCAAUUGAAUGAUUUAGUUGGUAUAUAUCUUCCGCUGCUAACAACAACAAAAAACACUCACCAUCAUCCAAUCGUUCUAUCAUAUUGUCAUAACCAUUUCACACCUCUCGUUAUAUCUGAAAAUGAAUCGCUAUCGUCUUUAAAAUCCGCUGUGUCAUCAGCAGCUCGACCAUUACUACCUUUGUCCUUUUGGUCUUGUUCCAAUGAAAGUACUGGGUCGGUUCUUGUUAAUUUACCAGUGCAUUAUACUAAUUACCUAGAAGAAUUAAAUAUAAUUAAUUUAUUAAAAAAACACCUUAAUAUCGAAGAUAUCAUUACGGAUGAAGGACUAUUAGUUCGGUGUUGUUCAUUGAGUGAAGAACGUUUACCAGAGGAUAUGAACUUAUUAGAUAAAUACGUGGAUUAUCUUCAAGAAAAUAUGCAGCCUGAAUCUCCAGAAGUUGAUUCAUCGAAGCCAGAUGAUUUGGAUGUUGCACUUGAUGGUGUUCUCGAUGGUUGUUCAUUUAAACUCGGUGAUGUUUUUAAAACGUUUAUGGAUUUUAAACAAAAAUUAGACGAUUACUCAAAAGAAACAGGUGCUAUGUUCAGAACAAAAGAUUCGCUGAAGCUCAAAGAAGCGUCCGAUUUAGUUUACAAAAGAAUUGAUUUUCAAUGCUGUCACGGUGGUAAAAUUCGAUCACGUAGCGCUGGCAUUCGUCCUCAACAGCAUCACAUGGCUCUCAACUGUCAGGCUAAAAUUCGCUUGUAUAACACUGGCGAACAGUUAAAAAUCACGAUAACUGAUUUGAAACACAAUCACAAAGUAGAUCAAGCUAAUAUGAAAUUUUAUGCUCGCAAUAGACGUCUAGAUGAUUCAGCUAUUGAAUUAAUCAAAAAUUAUGAUCAGCAUAAAGUACCGAGAAGUAUUAUAAGAAAUCUUAUUAUGGAUGAAAAAAAUAUAAAAUUUAACACUGUUAAAGAUAUUGCAAAUGUUUUAAACAAGACAACAUCGAACAAUAGUCCAUCACAAAACACAGCGGUUCGUGACUUAUUGAAUGAAAUAAAACUAGCAGAUCCAACGGCGACAGUUGAAGUUAACGUAUCAGAACGAACGAAUGCUCUCGAAAUGAUUUUUAUUGCGUCAAAAAAACAAUGA